CGCUCCCGUGGACCAGCCGCGGCCGGCCACGCAGCCCUCACUCUCUGGGCGCGCACACGCAGAGCCGCGCACGGAGGCAUACACGCGCACUCACACCCGCACGCUCCACGCCCCUGGCGGCGGCCUGGGCGCUGUGCUGCUCGAGCGACGGGCGGGGACCCGGGCGGGGGCGGCGGCGGCGACAGCGGAGGAGGCGGAGCGGGGUAGCCGGGAGCGGGCUGGCCCGCGCUUCUCCUGGCGGCCGGGGAUUUUCCAGCCUGGACGCUGACGCCGCGGACCUCCCUGCGGCCGCCGCGGACCAUGGGCGACAAAGGGACACGAGUGUUCAAGAAGGCAAGCCCCAAUGGAAAGCUCACUGUCUACCUGGGAAAGCGGGACUUUGUGGACCACAUUGACCUCGUGGACCCCGUGGAUGGUGUGGUCCUGGUGGAUCCUGAGUAUCUCAAAGAAAGGCGAGUCUACGUGACAUUGACCUGCGCCUUCCGGUAUGGCCGGGAAGACCUGGAUGUCUUGGGUCUGACUUUUCGCAAAGACCUGUUUGUGGCCAAUGUGCAGUCCUUCCCACCGGCCCCUGAGGACAAGAAGCCACUGACACGGCUACAGGAGCGGCUCAUCAAGAAGCUGGGCGAGCAUGCCUGCCCCUUCACCUUUGAGAUCCCGCCAAACCUUCCAUGCUCAGUCACACUGCAGCCUGGGCCUGAGGACACAGGAAAGGCCUGUGGUGUGGAUUAUGAAGUCAAGGCCUUCUGUGCUGAGAGCCUGGAGGAGAAGAUCCACAAAAGGAAUUCUGUGCGGCUAGUCAUCCGGAAGGUUCAGUAUGCCCCUGAGAGACCUGGCCCUCAGCCCACGGCUGAGACUACCAGACAGUUCCUUAUGUCCGACAAGCCCCUACACCUUGAGGCGUCACUGGAUAAGGAGAUCUAUUACCACGGAGAACCCAUCAGCGUUAACGUCCACGUCACCAACAACACCAACAAGACUGUGAAGAAGAUCAAGAUCUCGGUGCGCCAGUAUGCAGACAUCUGUCUCUUCAACACAGCUCAGUACAAGUGCCCAGUGGCCAUGGAGGAGGCUGAUGACAAUGUGGCACCCAGCUCAACAUUCUGCAAGGUCUAUACACUGACUCCCUUCCUAGCCAACAACCGAGAGAAGCGGGGACUCGCCCUCGACGGGAAGCUCAAGCAUGAAGACACAAAUCUGGCUUCCAGCACGCUGUUGCGGGAAGGUGCCAACCGUGAAAUCCUGGGCAUCAUCGUUUCCUAUAAAGUCAAGGUGAAACUGGUGGUAUCCCGGGGCGGCCUCUUGGGAGACCUUGCAUCCAGUGAUGUGGCCGUGGAACUGCCUUUUACCCUAAUGCACCCCAAGCCUAAGGAGGAGCCCCCACAUCGGGAAGUUCCAGAGAGCGAGACUCCAGUAGACACCAAUCUCAUAGAGCUUGACACCAAUGAUGACGACAUUGUAUUUGAGGACUUUGCUCGCCAGCGGCUGAAAGGCAUGAAGGAUGACAAGGACGAAGAGGAUGACGGCACCGGCUCUCCGCACCUCAACAACAGAUAGACUAGGGCUGGCCUCAGCCCGGCAGCUCCAGGUUCACUCUCGCACUCGGAUGCUUUCUCGUCUCCUUCCCAUUCUGGUUCUUCCUUUUGUUCUUCCAGUUUCUACCAAGGGGCCCCAGUGGUCUUCCAAGUCUCGGUGAUGGGCCUCUCGCAUCACCACGCCAGCAGGACCACGUCCUCAGCCAUCUCUCUGCAAUCACCUCCCACCCCCUUCUCAUGCUCAUUCCCAGGCAGGCCACACCACCUGACCUUGGGAUUUUGCUUGAGAUGGGGAGCAGAAAGGGGAGGGUGGGGCCUGAAGGCACAAUGAUGAUGGGUGUGAAGAUGUGGAGGGGGUGGGAAAGAUGGCUCAAGACACACAAGAAGAUGUCUGUAGUCCCAGUAGGUGACAGUUUUGGCAGCUAAAUGAUGACCAGAUUGAAGGUGGGAGAGGGCAGGACUGUGAAUAGAUUCUCAAUGCUUUUUUUUGUGUGUGUGUGUGUGUGUGGUCCAGGGCCACUAGAGACUCCUCCCCCUCCAUCCUCAUCCUUGGUCCAUACCCCUAUGUCUCAUGGGGGAGGCACAUAGAGCCCAGGAGUGAAGAGCAAUGGACUGACUUUCUAACCAGAUGACACCUAGAUUGAAGCAGGCCACAUAGGUCAGAACUGAUAGACUGAGAUAUCAUAGCUUCAUUGCACUUUUGUGUGCGGGCACAGAGAGGGGAAGUGGGUGUUUAACAAACACCAGCCCCUAGCAGUGAGCCAAAGCUACUGAGGAUGUUGUCUGAGGGGAGUUUAAGCGAUGGGGCUGGGUAGGGAGGCAUCCAUCCUCCUUUGUAGUAGGGUGGGCAACAAGGAUGGAGGGACACGGGCAGCUGGAGCCACCAGUAUCUCCUAGCUUCUUCUAGUGCUUCUCCAAUGACUGGCCCUGUAAGGUAGGAGAGAGAAAGAGACAGAGGUGCCAUUAUUCCCACUGCUAAGGGAUCCCAUUCCCAGAAGGUGGCAUCCAUCCAUCCAGAUGUACUCCCAGGAUGAAGGCAGCUUCUCUCCUAAAGGAGUUGGUCUUAUUAGUACCCAGAGUCAUGGGUACCCGGUUUCCAUCAGGUGGUGUUAGUAUGACUUGACCAGGGUGAAUCUCAGGGUAACAGGGCAUACAAGUGGUAAAACAGAAAAUGCUCAAAGAUAUCCUUGUUUGGUCUUCGAUGCUAGCUUGUUGUGUGACCUUGGGCCAGUUCCUUCCCCUCUUUGGGCCUCAGUUUCUUGUUGGAAAAGCCAAGAGGUCGACCAGAUGAUUCCAAGAGUUUCUUGUUCAAGUUUCUGUAAGUUUGUGGCUCUCAAGAGCUUCUGAUCUUCCAGUUGGAGCUGGGGCUGCUAAGUGCUCCAUCUGCCUUCAAAAGAGGUUCAUGGUACCUCAGAGAACCCAGGACCGAGCAGAUCACAGAGUGUACCUUCCUGCCUAGGCAGGGCUGCUCUUGGACCUAGUCAGCUUAUCUGAUGUCAGGUUGUGGCCAGAGCCUUUGUGGACUUCUCUAUCCCAGAGCUUCUAUGUGUGGAGGCUUGCAUGAGAAGUAUGGGAACAACCUUGGGUUUAUCAAACAUAAUUGCUUGUUAGGGCAAGAGGAUCUCAUCUCCAUUUCUGUUCCCUCUCUCUUAGUUCCACACUUGCUGGAGAAGGGAGACCACAGCUUGUGUUUGGUUUUGAGACAGCGUAUCAUGAGGUGUAGGCUAGCCAUGAAUUCACUACAUAGCUGAGAGUGACUUUGAAUUCCUGAUCCUAUUGUUUCAAGUGCUGGGAUUGCAGGCAUGCCCCUGCCACUGCUGGCGCCAUGCUUUAUUGUACAGAUUAGAUCCCAGCCAUUCUUAAUCCAUCAUGCCCAGUGUUUGUUGUUAUUUCUUCUGGUGAGAUGGUCCAGGCCCACUGGCCCUGAACCUCCUAAAUCUCAUAAGCAGUCAACUCAAGGAACCUCUUCCCAGCUUAGAACAGCCGUCUUGGGGCAGCCGCAUUGCCUGGCCAGCUCAGAUCACAACUGCAAGCUCCCCUGACAUCUAGCCCCUGCCAGAGCUAGCUGGAUACUUUUGCACCUAUAGAAUUGAUUAAAACCUUGAACAGUGUGAGGCAAGCAUGUGCCCUCCAACUGGCUUCCAUUAAAACCUCUGGAGCUGAUACCAGACCCUUUAGCAUUUGGACUAACACCUCCUGUCCCCCAUCCUUAACUGAUACGAGCAAAAGGUCUCCCAAUCUGGUUUCUCAGGCUUCCCACACUCAGCAUCCCAACUCUUUCCAUUUAUCCCACAGAUCUACCUGCAGGCGAGCAUCAGAGCCCUGCUGCCUCUUUGUGUUUUGAGCUACGCCUGCAUAAGGGCAAUGAUCAAGUUGGAGUCUAGCUAAACCAUCCUUUGAUGAUAGCUUUGUUCUUUUAUGCUGGAUACUACUAAGAUGGAUCUCACCCUAGAAUCCCUGUCUCUAGAAACCUUCUGGCCAGGGGAAAUCUAGAAGACCGCAUUGACAGUUCUGGCUACAGCUAGUCCACACAGUGCCUUGAUGUGAGUUUGAAUACAGUGUCCCUCCUAGGUGGAUUCAAACCCUGGAAAUGACACUGCAGGGGGCUGGAAUUUGGUGUCAUUUGUCCCUACUCCACAGUCUUAUGCUGCCACACUGGGUGAGAUACACAGGCUCACAUAUUUCUUUGGCCUCUUCCUUUCUUGCCUCGGCCUCUCGUCUGCUGCAGACACCGUGCCCCACCCCCAUCACAUGACGUAACCCAGUACUUCUCUGUAGGGCUCUUUUUUGUUCUGGAGUUUUCCUGGCCAGGCAGCACUUGGGAGUGAAACUGGAGGUGGAGGUUUCCAGGCACCAUCCAGUGAGAUUGGGUUUUCUUGUGCUGACAGAUUGGGACUUGGGCCACCAAACAGCCUACAUUGGGGACUUUCCAGUAGACCAAAGGGCACAUGUUAAUGCCAAUCUGGGCAAGAAGAGCAUGCUUUGGUAAAAGCUCAUCAAUUGAGGACGACUGGACUUGCCCAGUACCCCAGCCAAGAGAAGAAUUUGUCUCCUAGAAACAUAAGAAUUGAGUUGCUUGGCUGGACCCCAUGGCCACUUCAUCUUCAAAGCGCAACUGGCGUCCCCCUAGAGGGUGGCUGACAACCUAAUUCCCAUCUGAUGCAGUGAAAGUGAAAGUCCUGAAAGUCCCCAAGGCCACCUCUCAGUCUCUCCUCACUGGAACAAUAGCCUUUGUCUGCUUUAUUUGAGGGCUUGCUGUGGGUUUGAAGUGAGAUGUAGGCCAACUGGCUGCACAGGUGUGGCCCUGUCGCUGCAGGGAGGAGGCCCGAGGUCACACAGGAAGCUUGCUGUGGAAUGAGCCCUCUGUUUACCAGUCUUUGUCCCUAUGUCCCAGGUUAGAUAUCAGCCAUGAUGAUAAUCAGCCUUUGUGGCUUUGCUGAUCACACUGGGGAAGAAGUGUAGGUGCUAUUGUCCUAGGAUGGGUCCCGUGGCAACUAGGACACAGAAGGCAUGGAUGUUGUCAGUGACUGGGGGGCAGGGAGGAGCAUUUGAGCCUGGACUCACCUCCCAGAAGCCCACAGAAGUGAGGAAAACUGGGCUCUGACCACAGGUCAGGGAACUGAGUUCAGUACUGUGACCACCCAAGACAUCCGAGGGCGAGAGGAAAUAGCUGUUGCCUCUUCUAAGUAUAAGGCCCCAUCCUGGGUCAAAAGACCCACCACAGCUCCUUGGAGACCUUUGGGAAUGUCCAGCCCUCUUGCUCUGAGAGCUGAGCCCUAGCUGACCCACUCACAGAAGCUUCAUGCCCCGGGGCAGCUCCUUCCCACCAAUGGCUAAGGCCUGUAUGUGUGGCUCCCAACCCUCAGUGAAGGGCUGGGCUCCAGCCUUUAUCUCCCAGAACACAAACUUGUGUCUCUUCUGAUAUUUACUCUUUUUAAACUUAAGGACCAAAUGAGACUUCUCUGAUUUUUAUCCGCACAGCUUGUCUUGGGCCUGGUCCAGGCAGCUCCAUAAUUUCUGCCCUCCCCACUCCUGGCCUGAAGCAGCCUACUGAUGGGGGCAGAUCCAUACCUUGGCCACCCCAAUCCAUGCACACUAGCACCUCCCUCAAUAUCACCAACUUGUUACCCCUAAAGGGAGGUCAAAGUUGAAGCACAGGUCCCUGGGACCCACUGUCUGCAGACCAGGCACACCUCUCAGUGUUCCACACAGCCUGGCUGGGGGCUGCUGCCAGGGAAACUGAGGAAAGGGGAGAGGAGGGUGAGUCUCCAGCCCUCCCCCCCAUUCCUACUUUCUCCAGAGUAACUGCUUUUAACUCUCUUGUCUAUUGAGGUUUCACUUUUAAACUCUUUGAAGAAUAACUUCAAACCACCAUUUUGUGGUUUGGUCUUAGACCAGCAAGCACAGGUUCUCUCUUGGUUUUUAUGUGUUGGGGUGACUCCAGCAUCCUGGCACAGAGAUACUUGUUGGGACUCAGGUCAUCUAGUCCAAGCAUUAGAGCACACAUACACUGGUUUUCUAGUUGACCACCCUGCACCUUGGGAAUGAGUUUGAUGUGGGCUGGGUCUGCUGCUCGGUGAAGGUAGGGGCUUGGUCCUGAUCGUACCUGUGCUUUGUGGAGACCACGGAGUGAGGAGCCAGGCCCAGGGUCCACUCGGGACACAUUCUCAGGGCAAUGGGAGGAGAACCCAGGGCUGGCUCCCUAUGCACAGCUAAGGGGUGGGGAGCCAGGGUCAUGUAAGAGAUGCACCACCAGGGAGGGCUUUUACGAGGCAGGAUUCCUCAGGCAUUUGAAGCAAGUCUUCCUCCAGUGAAUCUCCUAAGAUUCCACUCCCACCCCUGUGGAUGUCCAUGUGCACAACAGCAGGCUUUUGUGCCCAAAGAGAGACUCAUCCCCUUUCUGCAGUCCACGCAGCUUCUCUCUGCUGGCCUGCACUGUCAUGGCAUUCACUUGCAGGACAGCUCAUUGGUGAGACUUGGGCUAGCCUUUGGCAAAAAGUCCUGCCUGGGCUCACCUCCUAGGGCAUUCUAGGUGAAGAGCUGAAGCUCAGGGCAUUGUCAAUCAUGGCACAGGGGGAAAGAAUGCCAACUGGUGUUUUAUUCAGUCCAAGUGUGACCUGGGAGACCCCACUGGCCUCAGGUUCCCCAUGUGUGAAGGGCUAGUACCAGGCUCUGCCCCCGUCACAGGGACCACUGAAAGGGAUAUGAGGGUAAAGAGAAGCCGGAUGAGGCAGCAGCCUGUGUGAGGGGAUAGGGUCUUAGCCUGAGUUGCUGACAAACAUAGACCACAACAGAAUGACGGUGCAGGAUAUCCUGUCUUAUGUGGGUAUCUCUGCGCAGUAUCUCUAUCCAGUCAUAGGUGCUGCAGGGCUGCCUCUUCCGACCGGUGGGAGUUGAUGUGUGUCCUGGGUGUGGUGUCGAGGGGUGGCUGGGGCGCCCUCAGGCCUGUGACCCUCUGUGAAGUGAUGAUUUGUGUGGCACAUUCAUUCCUGGACCACGUCCAGGUCAACCUGUAGUACCUGUGGCUGCCCUUGUCCCGUGAAGUCAUUAUAGUUUAUUCAGCUGCAACAGGACAAAUGAGCAAAAGAACCUUGAACGAGAGUUCAUUAAAGGCCUUUUGUGAUGGAGGACA